AUGAGGCGCCUUGCAGAACACAUUCAAAAGCAGCACAAGGUCACUGAAGGGUUUGGCUGCCGCCACUGUGGGUUCAAGCACUCUUCACGUGAAGUAACCCAGUCUCACAUCUCCGUUGAGCACCAAGAGCAAGAGAAUCCACCGGCAGCCGCCUCUGCUCUGGCACAUUAUUACCGAAGAAGAUACAAAGAGAGGAAUGCUCACUUGCUCAAUAUCCCUGACGCUGCCUUUUGGCAAAGGGGGGCGAAGGGCGGCAAACGGGCAUGUUCCGAAGAGGGCCGCUGCCCAGAGUGCGACGUCAAUAUCACACCUUACAACAAAACGAACAUUAUAAGGCACUUGCGCCAGAACCACUGCAUUGUUAUUGACAUCGACUCUACGCGAUUACUUCAACGCCACAGUAACCGAGAAAUAGCUGACAUCCCGGCUGACGUAUACCCAACUUCCGUCCAUGCAGAAGACGUUGAUUUAUCCGAUAUCGACGAGCAUGAAGAUGCUGGGAUCAUUGAUGAUGGCCACUUCGACAACGAAGUUAUGGAUUGGGAUCAGAUCCAGGUCGACCAACCAUUGGGCACGAAUAAAGAGUCGGGAGAGUCUGCCCCACUUAAUGGUACAGCAACGCUCGACACGCCUGCACCAUGUCCUAUUCUUAGCCCGAAAGCCCAGUCGACAUAUACACGGGAUACAUUCUUGAGCUGUCUCAAAGAAGGUUCAAUCUUAAAUAUCAAGAAUGCUCUAGGCAUGAACGAGACAAGAACAUUCAAUGGCAGACAAUAUCGUGUGCGGAGGGACGCCCCCAUUAAUUCAAUACUCGACUCCAAGGAAAUCGUCUGCGCUCUCCUUACCAAUAGUGAUGGUUCCGAGAAAGUUUUCAACAACCGCGAAGAUUUCAACUUCCACAUUACGACCGAUCAUCAAGGAUCAAGCUAUAGUUUUACAGCUCUACGUCGCGUUCCGAAGACAGAAGUUCUGGUAGCUCGCCUGGCGAAGCAGUUAAGACUUGAACAUACCACUACCCAGCCAUCGGCCUCCGAAGAUGAGCACAUCGAAGCGACGGCCAUCGCUCGAAAGGAGACAAGUACGACCAUUCGACAGGAUACGAUGGACAAAGAUGCCUCCGAUGAGUCGGACGAUGAAGAUGCUCUUGUUAAACAAGAAGACCAUGCAUGGGCCCAGCUUCGUCGAUUCUUCAAUGCAGGAGUCGCAUCUCGGUCUGAAGCAGAGUCUGGAUCAGAAGAUGAUAAUGCUUUGUCCGAGGAUCGCGAAUUCCGUCGACACUGCAACGAUCGCUAUGUGUGCCUUUCAGAUAAGCCGAAACAAGGUCUGGUUCCCGUAAUACAUCCACCCAAUUACCUUGUUGAAACGUUAACAAGUAUCCAAUGUAUGACAAAGGAAGACGCUAAGGAUUAUCUCAUAACUUAUUGCAAGUUUUGCAGAUUGCUUGGAACCAAUGACCCAAACGCUGUCCGUCGAGCCCUUGGCUUACCUUCACACGAAAGGCGGGAAGCUGAGGACGCAUGUCAGCGUCAAGACUCUCCUUCGCAGGACGAGGCCGCUCUGGAGUCAUACAAGGUCACGGUCACUCCCAUGUCAGUCAACCAACCACAAGAUAUCACAUAUCUUGCCCAUGGCCUGGAUGCGAUCAGCUGCAUAAUCAAUAACUCUGGCACUACGAAUGAAGCAUAUGAGGAAGAGCUCAAGACUUCAGGCUAUACCGAUCCGCUGAGCUUUCGUUCAGCCAGAAGAAUUCGAGGCUCACCUGCAGAGCGCUUCCCAUCUAAUGCAAAAACUUCAAAAGAGAUCAUCGACAUACUACGCCGUGCAGGCCUAAGCCCGCAUUGUCUAUGGGUCGAAUACUCGAUGAUGCUCUUUGACCGGAAAUGCAUGGAAACACUGAUCAAAGAAGCCGGUCUCUCUGCUGAUGGCAUUCUCCCACCCCAUGAGCGAUGUUGGACUGUGGUUCAAGACUUUGCGCGCAGCUUGCCUGGAUUGGCUUCAUACCAGCUUGGUAGGGUCUUGAAGCUUAUCAACCCGGGCAACCCCCACCUGCAUAACCUUCAUCGCUCCGAAUCGGACACAGCUGUCCUGCAUGACCUCUUGGAACGGUGGUUGUUCCUUUAUGGACGUCUCCGUGAAACGCGAUGUUAG